CCCCAUGGAGCUGCAUGCAGACAGCGAUCGGCCUGAUGAGACGUUACAGCGACUUAUAUUGCCUUGCAGACUGCUUGGGGAAGCUCUCGCCCAAGAUGAUCAGUUUCUGAGUUUGGAAGAGACCUGUGCACCAGGUGCAGGUAGCGCAGACUAUGAUUUCAGACUUCCACAGUUUGCCUUGGAUGCUGCAGGAACUUCUGGUUUGCCAUCUUCCCUCGGCUUUACGCAGCAAGGGCUCCUGCCUGAGAUUCAACGCCUUUGGCGUUCCUUCGACUCGAAGAUUGUGCUCUGGAAAUAUGAUGAUCCUGGGGUGCAGGAGGUCACAGAGUACACUGGAGUCUCCGAGGCAGUGGUGGCCGCAGCCAUUGCACAUCCCAAGGAAUUCGUGCAGAGCAUUGAUUAUUUCCUGGUCCUGGCAACCACUUUGGAAAUCUCACUCCAUGCCCUGCGCUUCGCUCCAGGAAGCAAUCGCUUGCUCCCACCCGUGCGCACGCAAUUUUCAGUGGCCAGUGAUGAUAUUUCCAUGAAUGCAGUAGUUUGUGAUCCCUCCAGUGGACGCAUUUUUCUUGGAGGCCGAGAUGGGUGCAUCCAUGAGCUUCAGUACUUUGAUGACUCUCGAUGGAUGGGGAGGAGGAAGUGCCGCAAGACUGCUGUGAGUUGGAAUUUGCAGUCCCAACUGCCUGCGGUCCUGCAGCGGGUUUGUGUUGCCAUUUUUGGACCAGCGGAAGCUAUAGUGCAACUCACCAUCGAUGUAUCCAGAGGUUUGCUUUUUGCAUUGUCGUCGACCAGCAUCACACUCUUUCAAAUUCCUCCCAGCCAAAGAGAUGCAUCUGGACGCUUAGAGGAGAAGCCAGUAGUUCAAUUGUGCUCUCUCUCGCAAUCAGCCAUUGCAAGUGAAGUGGGACGGAUCAAAGCACGGCUAUUUCCUGGAUUGCUUCCAGUGGGCUCCAGGGGUUUGAGCUCCUUUGGUUCUGGCCUUGUUUCCGCAGCCUUGCCUCCAAGAUUGAUCAAAGUUUUGCCUGUUGAAAGGCCGGCUGGGGGAAGCGUCAUUGCAUGUGUCGUGGCAGAGGACGGUACUCGGAUUUUCCUCCGUGGAAACCUUCGAAAUGUGCCGCAACAAGGUGCUGAUGCCACAUCUGCAAGAGCUGCGCGGCCCAGCAUCACAUCAAUGACGGUUCAUCACGUUAGAUUCUUAGAUGCAAAUGCUCCAAAGGAGCUUCAUGUGAAAGAUGCCUUGUGGGAGAACGGCGUCACGCUCUUACAGUGUGACCUUCCAAGUCCAGAGGGUCACAGAGAAGCAGUUCUUGCCUUGAGCGCUGAUUUGCGGGUUGUGGCCCAGCGCCAGGGCCGUGGACGGUCUCCGUGGGUGAAUGUAGCUGGCACAGCUGAGCAUGUGGACACCAUCAGUUUGACCCAGGAAACUGAAUUGCCCCAGAUCUAUGCGAUGGCUGCUUUGCCCGCUCCCAUCUCCAAGCCAAUCCAGCAGUUCUUCUCUGCUUCACAUGGAUUGAUUUUGCCAGUGGUUCACCUCAGUGAAUUGGCCAAGCAACAGCUGGUGGCUGCACCCCGUUUUAUGAUUGUCUCCUCGAUUGGCGCUCACGUGCUGCGGAGGAUACAGCCGCUAGAUACUUUGCGAGAGCAUCUUCUAGGUGGCCAGCUGCCAGCCCUGCAGGAUUUUGUGGGUCAAUACACAGCAGAACAGGCGUGUGCUUUGCUGUUCCAAGUCCUGACUCAAGCCAUGCCCAAGCUGAAUGUACAGCCAGGACCCGACAAGUCAACCACCUUGUCCGGUCGCAACAAGCUGCUUCGCAAGGAUCAGCUGGGAGAAUCCAAGACGGGGCAGAUGGGGCCGAUGGGGCCGCAGCUGGUUGGCACCAAAUUGCAGGACCCCUCUGAGGAGGUUUUGCUGUUACGAGCUGAGAAGCUCUUGCUGUCUCCUCUUGCCUUUCAAAUGGGCUUUUCACAGGCCUUGCCAUCAAUUGAUGUGGGCCCAAUGCGUGGCCAGCCACCAUUUCAGAUGGGAGGCUCUUCUUUGGGGUACUCUGUGUUCCAAAGUGCCACCCAGUUGUCUGCACGGAUGCGUGGAUUGUACCUCUAUUUGAGCCGACUACUGAGGCCAGUUUGGUUAUCUCAUGUGAUGCAUGUGGCCUGGCCAGCUACGGAGAAACCCAAGAGAAAGCGAGAUGACUGGUGGCCUCCCCCACCAGACCCGCCUCCUAUGGCCAAGGGUGCCCAGUGGCAAUGUGGCUUCUCCAAGUCGCAGCGUGGCUUUGCUCGUUCGCAGUUGCUGUUGUUGAAAUCAGCUCUGGAUCGAUGUUUGCCACGCCUGACCACUGCAUCCAACCCCGUGAGCCCUGAAGAUUUGGACUCUGCCAAUGGUGCUUUACAUUUGGUGACUGCAUCUGUGGAGGCACUCGAUUUUCUGGAACUUCUCUCCGGCUGCACGGCUGCAAUGGCUUCUGGCUCCUGUCCAGCUGAGACGUUGCUGCGCUUUUCUGAGCUGACUUUCAGGGAUUUGGUUUGUCAACCAGAGGCCCGCUGCAUUCUCCAGGGCCUGAUGCAAGCUGGCAUUGUGGCUUGUCGGGAUUUGUCCAACUGCCCCAGCCUUUUCAGCAAAGCUGCCUUGGAGGUGCAGGAGGCUUAUGAGAUCCUCAAAGCAGUUGAGUCUAGCUUGACAGCGGUCAACAGCACCUUAGAAAUUGCAAGGUUGAGCCAUUUCACACAUCGAGGUUUGGCGAUCUUGGAGCGACAUGCUGCACACAUCGACCUGAUGGAGGCAGCCUCCAGACUACGAGCAGUGGGCGCUUGUAAGGGCUUGAUCUCGCUAUGCUCCGGUGUGGCCAGAGCACGUGAUCCAAAAGAUGAGUCUUUGAGGCCACAAGAUCCAUCCAACCCACGCAUCCAACAGUUGCACUAUGCGCGUUUGGAGUGCUACCAGGUGGUCCUUGGAAUCCUGGACGAUGUCUUGUCCUUUGCCCGGCAACGUGGGCGCCUGCAAAGCAGCUUUGCGUUGCCACCUGGUGGGCCGCAUGUUGAGUUGCCAGAACUCUUGCCGGCCAGAUUGUCGGAAUUUGAUGCUAUACCUAUUCUGGAUGGGCUUCUCCGGCAUUGUCUGGAAGGACACCGGUAUCAGGCAGACGAACUUUUCCACUUUUGCAUUUUGAAGUGGAUGAUGCAAUCAGGAUUGCCUCCGUAUCAGUACAAAUCCCCAUACCUGAAGAACUUCUUGCUGGUUCAUGCCAAAGAUCAUCCAGAAUUGCACUGCAGAUACCUUCAGCACAAUGGUCAGUGGGCAGAGGCUUGUGAUGCAUACAUCUCCCUGGCCCGGAACGCUGAGUUGAAGCCAGAAGGACAAGAUGAUCGAUUGCUGAUGCUUCAGAAUGCAGCAAUCUGUGCAAGGAUGCCGCGCUCCAAUCGCAAGGUGGAGCCGAUCUUGAGAAUGAUGUCAGAAACUGCGAGACAAUCCCAAGAAUCCUAUCCAAUUGCAUCGAAUCGCAAUUACUAUGAAGCUUUCAGAUAAAAAUCAACAGUUAAAGAGAAAUUUGGAUCUGAA